AGUGGGGAGCACCAGAUGUUUAAGCAAAUCAUUGCCAUCAGAGCUAAUACCUUAAUUCGCGAUAUGAAGGAAACUGCUCUUCGAGCUCAUAACCCGAAGAUCAUAGGUUCAAAUUCUACUUCACAACCCUAUCGAUCCUCCGUAUCUCUGGAUUACAAUAUUAGGGCAAAAUAUACAUUUCCAGCAAAAGAAAAUAAAACAUAA